AUGGUUCGCUACGCCGCCGCCGCCGUUGCUACGAACCCAAACACGACCGCCCGCGCUCGGGGUGAAUACCUGCGCACCCAUUUCAAGAAUAUGCGCGAGGUUGCUGCGGCACUUACUGGUUUGAAGCUCCAAAAAGCAUACACCUACCUCUCGGACGUCAAAGAUCACAAACAAGUCAUUCCCUUUAGACGAUUCGCUGGUGGUGUUGGGCGGGCUAGCCAGGCAAAGCAGUUCAAGGCUACCCAGGGUCGCUGGCCCGAAAAAUCGGUCAAGUUUGUCACCCGUCUGCUGAAGAAUGCCGAAUCGAACGCCGACGCCAAAAACAUCGAGCUGGAAGACCUCGUUAUCAAAUCCAUUGUUGUACAACAGGCUCCUAAAACCCGCCGCCGGACGUACCGUGCCCAUGGUCGCAUUAACCCUUACCAGGGUCACCCAUGCCAUGUCGAAAUCAUCCUGGCUGCUGGCGAUGUCGAGGUCGAGAAGGCUACAGACAAAGUAGCGACCUCUUUCUCCGGCCUGAACCGCCGUCAAGUCGCCCGGAAGCGUAUUGAGGCUGCCCGGGAGUAG